AAUCAACUACUCCCUCUGAUAUUAUUCCCGUAGGAAUUAUUUACAUGCGUGAACAAGUCAAGAAAAGGAGCGAAAAACAGGAGCAAGGGAAGUUACUUCAGAAGGAGGGCGGUUUGAGUCUUCGGGGGCUGAUAAGAAGGGUUAGAAAGUAUUUUUUAAAGGGUCGUGUGAGAAAAGAUUCGGCCACAACCUCGGCUUUGCUUCUCCACUGAAUUGCGCACGACGUUUCCAAAAAAAAAUGGAUGCGGUGCGCCCGGAGCGCAGCGCCGCGCAGCUGCUCCGUUUUUGCCCUGUUCUCCUCAUCCUCUCUGGACCCUGCAUGACGGCUGCCUGGGACCUGGUCCUUCUGCACACCAACGACGUGCACGCCCGGAUAGAGGAGACCAGCGUGCACUCCGGGAAGUGCGGCGCCACCGGCGGCUGUUACGGCGGGGUGGCGCGGAGAGCCACGGCGAUCCAAAGCAUACGCGGGUCCGAGACCAACGUACUGCUGCUGGACGCUGGGGAUCAGUUCCAGGGAACAGUCUGGUUCAACUACUACAAAGGAGCAGAGGCAGCGCACUUCAUGAACUUGCUGCGAUAUGACGCCAUGGCUUUUGGCAACCACGAGUUUGACAACGAAGUAGAAGGACUCAUGAAACCGUUUCUGGAAGACAUCAAAUGCACCAUCCUGAGCGCAAACAUCAAAACAGACACAACUCUGGCCUCCACCUUUGGCACGACAUAUGUACCUUUUAAGAUCUUCACAUUUGGUACUGAGAAGGUGGGAGUGGUGGGAUACACCUCAAAAGAAACACCCACUUUAUCCAGACCUGGACCGCGUUUGCGCUUUGAGGAUGAGGUGAGCGCUCUGCAGCUGCAGGUGGACAAACUUCAAACUCUGGGGAUUAAUAAGAUUAUUGCUCUAGGCCACUCUGGCUUCACAGUGGACAAGGAGAUCGCUAAGAGGGUCCGUGGAGUGGACGUGGUCAUCGGCGGACACACCAACACGUUCCUUUAUACGGGAACUCCCCCUUCGACUGAGGUCCGAGCUGGUCCUUACCCAUUCAUGGUGACAUCUCUAGAUGGACGUCAAGUUCCUGUGGUUCAGGCCUACGCCUAUGGAAAGUAUCUGGGUAAACUUAAAGUGACCUUUGAUGAGAACGGGAACGUGAUCAGGUCCAGUGGGAACCCCAUCUUACUGGACAGUAGCAUCCAACAAGAUCCAGUGGUGCUCAGUGAUGUGGAGGAGUGGAAGAAAAGUCUGGCUAAUUACUCAUCCCAGGUGGUGGGGAAGACUAUGGUGUUCUUGAACGGAUCAGCAGAGGCAUGCCGCUUUCAGGAGUGCAACCUUGGUAACCUCAUUUGUGACGCCAUGGUUGAAAACAACAUCAGGUUCUCAGGUGGAAAUCAGUGGAACCAUGUCAGCGCCAGCAUCUUUAAUGGAGGUGGAAUCCGGACGUCUAUAGAUGAACAAACUCGAAAUGGUUCGAUUACCAUGGAGGACCUGAUCUCCGUCUUACCUUUUGGGGGAACCUUCGACCUGGUGCAGCUUUCUGGUUCAACGCUGAAAAAAAUCUUUGAGUAUUCAGUGAGACGCUACGGCCAAAGAGCCGGAGAAUUCCUGCAGGUGUCAGGAUUUCACAUAGAGUACGACCCUUCCAAAGAACCAGGAAAUCGCGUAAGAAGCCUUGAAAUCCUCUGCACCCACUGCCGGGUUCCAAUGUACGAACCAGUUCAGGACAGCAUGGACUAUAAAGUGGUGAUGCCGUCCUACCUCGUGACUGGAGGAGAUGGAUUUAGCAUGAUCCCAGAAGAGAUGAAAAAACAUGACAGUGGUGAUCUGGAUCUUUCCGUUGUGUCAAACUACAUCUCUCAAAGACAAAGAGUUUAUCCUCUGGUAGAGGGACGCAUUAAAGUCUGGAGUUCAGCUCCUGGACUUCAGGGGCCGACAGUUCUACUGAUCUUAAUGGCUUUGCUCUGGAGUUUUCAUGGAAUCAUGUGAGGUUUGGAAGUGAAAGUCCUGUGAGGAGGCAAACCGCUCUGCACAGUGGCACAAAUAAAUUCAUGUAUAAAACAUUUCAAAUAGUUUGUUCUGAAUUUUUCUGAAAUUUGAGGUAAAAAUUGACGAAAUUUACUCCUCAGAUUUGUGUUUCUGGACAGUUUGAGGUUUAUUGUGGAAUUGUUGUGUAAUUUAAUAAAAACAUAUAUGUAAAACAGAGAA